AUGCUGUGGAACAGCUUCGUCGUAGCUGCAGCCUUUGCGGGCACAGUGACAGCUCUCGCAGUCCCCGAGACUCACAUUGUCCACGAGAAGCGGGACUACACAUCACGAAGAUGGGCCAAACGAGAUCGUGCCAAGCCUCACGCCAGACUCCCAGUGCGAAUUGGUCUGGCACAGAACAACCUCGACAAAGCUCACGAUUACUUGAUGGAUGUCUCGCACCCUACUUCCCCCAACUACGGCAAGCACUGGACUUCGGAAGAAGUCAUCGAAGCAUUCAAGCCUAGCGAUGACGCUGUUCAGACGGUCCGCCAAUGGCUCGUGGAUGCUGGAAUCUCGGUUAAGGAGAUUGUACACAGUGACAACAAGCAGUGGUUGGCUUUUGACGCCUCGACUAAGCAGAUGGAGUCUCUCCUCCAUACAGAAUAUCACGAGUAUGAGGAUAUCAAGACCGGUGGUGUCAUGCCUGCGUGUGAUCAAUACCAUGUGCCAAAGCAUAUCCAGCAGCACAUUGACUAUAUCACUCCUGCCAACUUGAGCAUUUGCGACAAGGAGAUCACCCCAGCUUGUGUCGCUGCUCUCUACAAGAUCCCUCCUGCGCCUCGCGAUGUUGUGAAGAGCAACUCCAUGGGUAUCUUCGAAGCCGAGCUGCAGUUCUGGGAUCAGGUGGAUCUCGACAAGUUUUUUACCAACUUCACGAACAUCCCGAACGGCACUCACCCUAUCGACUACAAUAUCGACGGUGCUGUUUCCAAAACUACUAAUGUCUCUGAAGCUGGCGUGGAAGCUAUGCUGGAUCUCGAGUUGGCCUACCCGAUUGUCUACCCUCAAACCAUCUCAAUCUUCAACGAGGACGAUCUUUUCUAUCAAGCCCAAGCCAACCAGACAUACAACUACGGAUACAAUACGUUCCUAGAUGCCAUUGACGGCUCAUACUGCACCUACUCGGCAUACGGCGAGACUGGAGAUCUUCCAAACGUCGAUCCAACCUACCCAGACCCCAAUCUUGGUGGAUACAAGGGACAACUUCAAUGUGGCAUUUACAAGCCUACUAACGUGUUCUCUUUCUCGUAUGGCGGCCAAGAAGCAGACAUCCCCGUUUCAUACCAGAAACGCCAGUGCAACGAGUACCUCAAGCUCGGCCUCCAAGGCAUAUCGUUCAUCUUCGCCAGCGGAGAUUCAGGUGUCGGUAACGCUCCAGUCGCACUGGGCGGCGACAAUGGUCCGUCAGGGUGUCUCGGUCCCAACGACGACAUCUUCAACCCAACUUGGCCCGUCAACUGUCCAUACGUGACCAGCGUGGGAGCCACCAAAGUCUACCCAGGCUCUAGCGUCUUCGACGCACAGCCAGAAUCCGCCGUCUACGAUCCCGCGGGCCACCCAUACCAAUCCAACUACUCCUCCGGCGGUGGCUUCAGCAAUGUCUACGGCAUCCCAUCCUUCCAAAAGUCUGCCGUGGCAACAUACUUCGCAGAUCACGACCCCGGCCUCCCCUACUACAGCGGCCUGGCCAAAGACUCCUCCGACGUCUAUGCUCACCCUGAUGUCGCCGCCCUUGCAGGCUCAUCCGGCGGCAUCUACAACCGCAUUGGCCGCGGCAUCCCGGACGUCGCCGCGAACGGCGACAACAUCGCCACCUACGCCCUCGGCAGCUUCGCGCUCCAUGGCGGUACCAGCGCCAGCACGCCCAUUUUCUCGGCGAUCAUCAACCGCAUCAACGAGGAGAGGCUGAAGCGGGGCAAGAAGACGGUGGGGUUCUUGAAUCCGACGCUUUAUGCGCAUCCGGAGGUUUUGAACGACAUUGUCAAUGGUACGAACAAGGCUUGUCAGGGCGAGGGGUUCAAUGCUGUCAAGGGGUGGGAUCCGGUGACUGGACUUGGGACGCCGAAUUAUCCCAAGAUGUUGGAGUUGUUCUUGAGCUUGCCAUGA